CGGGCAUACCUCCUCAUGUUCACCAGUAUAUUCACAAUGAGAAAGUUUUGACGUCUUUGGCUAAAAUACAGGCCGAUAUGAUUCAUUUCAGAGAGUACGCAGACAGGAUUGCAGCAGGUCAGAAUAACAUGCAAGUAGUCCACGGGAAUACAUCAAUGCACAAGGAGUUUAUCAAAGAGUGCCUUCGAGAGGUGCUACGCGAGGGAGAGUUUCGAGACAAUUCUACAAGGACCAGCCAAGUCACGAACCUUGAAGCUGAAGCUGCAGUAGAGCGUGUUGGGGGCAUGAGGCGACCAGGACAACAAUCAUCUGACGAAAACAUCUCCGACAUCAAUGGAGCAGGGUCAGAGACAGGAAGAAGUGAUUCUUUUCCCACCAAUGUUUUCCUGCCGGAUGAACUUGGGAGCAUGAUGCAGGCAUGGAACUUGUGGUUCUGCGGAAAUGGAACGAAGAAGAUACCCAUGUUACGCUCUGUUGACCCGUCAGUGUUGCACACGAAGAACUGCAAGAAACGUCUUUCAGAUGUGAAAUACCUGGUGAAAUGUUUCGAGCAGCAUGUAAGAAGGAUCCUAGCCAAUCAAGACCAAGACACACGGGAAGAAGUGCAGAGACGGUUGGAAAACUUGCAAAGAGGAGGGGGACCUGUGGACAUCCGCUUGACUGAAUGUCGGGAGAUAUUCGUGAUGUACCAGGAUUCAUUCUUUGCGUGGUUAAACGCAGGAAGAUCCAGGCGGAAAGGGCAAUUGAAGUGGAACACGUUAGUGAAGAAACUGAGAGAGAGAGGAGAGUGAGUUGAAUCGUAGCUGAGUAUAAAUUCAAUGACUUGUU